GUCGCGGCGCAGGCAGUCGGGCUGCUGGAGUGCGGCGCCGCCGCGGAGACCCGGACAGCCGGCUGGCGGGAGGGCGCGGCGGCCGCGGGGCGCAGGCGGCGGUCUGCUGGGCGGCAGCCUCCCGGGGGCCACCCUCGCCGAGCCCGGAACUGGGUCUGAUUGGUGGCGAGGCGGCAGCCCGGCGCACACCAAAGAGGAGGCGGCUGUGGAGGCAGCGGCGGCCCCAGCCAUGCUGUGCUAUGUGACGAGGCCGGACGCGGUGCUGAUGGAGGUGGAGGUGGAAGCGAAAGCCAACGGCGAGGACUGCCUUAACCAGGUGUGCAGGCGGUUGGGAAUUAUAGAAGUUGAUUAUUUUGGACUGCAGUUUACGGGUAGCAAAGGUGAAAGUUUAUGGCUAAAUCUGAGAAACCGGAUCUCCCAGCAGAUGGAUGGGCUAGCCCCUUACCGGCUUAAACUGAGAGUCAAGUUCUUCGUGGAGCCUCAUCUCAUCUUACAGGAGCAGACUCGGCAUAUCUUUUUCUUACACAUCAAGGAGGCCCUCCUGGCCGGCCAUCUCCAGUGCUCCCCAGAGCAGGCCGUGGAGCUCAGUGCCCUCCUGGCCCAGACCAAGUUUGGAGACUACAACCAGAACACCGCCAAGUACAGCUACGAGGAGCUGUGUGCCAAGGAGCUCUCCAGUGCAGCCUUGAACAGCAUUGUUGCAAAGCAUAAGGAGCUGGAGGGGACCAGCCAGGCCUCGGCUGAAUACCAGGUCUUGCAGAUCGUGUCGGCGAUGGAAAACUACGGCAUCGAAUGGCACUCUGUGAGGGACAGCGAAGGGCAGAAGCUCCUCAUUGGGGUUGGACCUGAAGGAAUCUCAAUUUGUAAAGAUGACUUUACCCCAAUUAAUAGGAUAGCGUACCCUGUGGUGCAGAUGGCCACCCAGUCAGGAAAGAACGUGUACUUGACGGUCACCAAGGAGUCUGGGAACAGCAUCGUGCUCCUGUUUAAGAUGAUCAGCACCAGGGCUGCCAGCGGGCUCUACCGAGCAAUCACGGAGACGCAUGCUUUCUACAGGUGUGACACAGUGACCAGUGCCGUCAUGAUGCAAUACAGUCGAGACUUGAAGGGCCACUUGGCAUCUCUGUUUCUGAAUGAGAACAUUAACCUCGGCAAGAAGUAUGUCUUCGACAUUAAAAGAACAUCGAAGGAGGUGUAUGACCAUGCCAGGAGGGCUCUGUACAAUGCUGGCGUGGUGGACCUGGUCCCCAGAAGUGAGCACAGCCCUCCCAGCUCGCCCCUGAAGGCCUCGGAGAGCAGCAUGAACUGCAGCAGCUGCGAGGGCCUCAGCUGCCAGCAGACCCGGAUGCUGCAGGAGAAGCUGCGCAAGCUGAAGGAGGCCAUGCUGUGCAUGCUGUGCUGUGAGGAGGAGAUCAACUCCGCUUUCUGCCCCUGCGGCCACACUGUGUGCUGUGAGGGCUGCGCAGCUCAGCUCCAGUCGUGUCCGGUCUGCAGGUCGCGGGUAGAACAUGUUCAGCACGUCUAUCUUCCAACCCACACCAGUCUCCUCAACCUCACCGUCAUCUGAUCUGCUGUGCGCUUCUCACACAGGCCAUGUUCCCAUGAGCUGUGCUGUUAUGAACUAGGAGGAUGAUAGAUUGUGGAGAAAAUAAAAUACUCCAACACCCAUCUGCCAUGCAACGUUUUAAAAAAGGAAGAAUAGAAAGAAUACAACACUCCUCACCACCAAAACAUGCCACCGGCAGCUCCAGUGGUGGGGACCAGGGAGAGUGCGAACAUGGACACAUUCCUCGGACUUCCAUUCUUUUUAUGAUCAAGUAAAGGAAUAAGUGAAACCUCUGAUGUCAUUAGGUGGCAACAUAGCCAAAAAGUGGGUACCUUUUAGGAAGUGAUGUUGUAAGUCUCUUAGUGUAUCCCAAGGUACGUUUCCUACCUGCAGCCAAUUUGGUAAGAAUUGGUUUUAAGAAUUUACCUGGUUACUUUGGGGGGGCAUUUUUGUUUUGUUUUUUUGGUAUGGUCACAGAGCUCUGAACAUUUUUAAUAGGAAAUUUUUUCUUAAAGACAUAGUCAUCGUUUUAAUGUCAUUUCUGUUUUUGUAACUUGUUCAAGAAUGAUUAGAAGGCAGACAUUUGAAAAUCAAUCAUCUGACUAUUAAAAAGUUGACAACCAAGUUGUCAGAUUUAAACCAGUCUGGCCAGUAGAAAACAGAUAACUCGAUGUGGGUGGCUUCCUGUCCCUUCUCCACCCCUCCUGACCCCCAAGCUUCCAAAUAUAAAAUGCUACCAAUUUGGCAAAAAGAUUUCAGUGGAGGAAUCAGCACUCCUUGGGCCUCUUGAGUUGGGGGAAUGUUUUAUUUUAAGAUCGGAAAGGGAACGUGUUCCUGGGAAAAGGGAGUGUUGCUCACUGAGAGGAAGCUUCGCAGAGUACAGACAAGGGUGUUCUUCCGUUCUCCCAAGCACUGUACCCCAGCUUUACCCAGGGGUCACUUUUGCUUGAGCCAUCAAGCCUUUCACAGCCUUAUAAUAGUAUCUAGAUAUUGUACGCUUUUUUUUCUUUUGUGAGUGCUUAAGCAUUAACUUGUGGCUGUCCCCUCUGUGGGCCUUAGAGGGGUUUCGGGUGUCCUGUUUCUAUAUUCUUAGUCAUGUUUUCCACUCCCACCUGGGCAUUUUGGACGUUGGUCAGCUUGUAGGUUCUCUAGGACGUCGGGAAACCUAGAUGACCGUAUUGGGUGCAAUACUAGCUGAGUUAAAGCUAGAAAGCUACACUGUCACUUUACUGAGAUUUCUGAGUAUACUUUUCAUAUUGCCUUAAUGUAGCAGUAAUGUGUUUAUGCAUUUGUUUCUUUGCACAGACAUUUUUGUCAGAUAUUAAAACUCUACUUUUUUAUGGCACAUAUUAGCAUAUAAGCCUUUAUUCCAAAAGGUAUUUAUUUUUUCACUUGUAAAAAAAAAAAAUUAAUGUUUCCACAUAAAGAACUCUGUUAUAUCCUAAGAGGACUUCUGUCUUUUAUAUUCAGGAUAAUAAAGACUUUAAAGCAAA